AGUUGCAAGGCCAACGAAGAGGAUAUCGCGGUUAAAAUUUGCCGAAGAUACCAGCGACAGUCAUUUUUUUUUUUUCCGGUUCCAUGCUCGGACGGCGGUACAUAUUGGAAACGAAUGCAUAUCCGAGAGAGCACGAGCAGCUGAAAGAACUCAGAGAAGCCACAGUUCAGAAGUACCAAUACUGGAGUUUGAUGAAUGUGCCAGCUGAUGAGGGGCAACUGAUCACCAUGAUCUUGAAGCUCAUGAAUGCAAAACGGACGAUCGAGAUCGGAGUCUUCACCGGCUAUUCUCUCCUCACCACCGCACUCGCACUUCCGGCCGAUGGCGAGAUAAUAGCCAUCGAUCCGGACAAGGAGGCUUAUGAAACGGGCCUGCCGUUUAUCAAGAAAGCCGGAGUCGACCAUAAGAUCAACUUCAUCCAUUCGGAUGCUUUCACGGUUCUAAAUGACCUCCUCGAAAAUGGCAAGGAAGAGGGGGCCUUUGAUUUUGCCUUCGUUGACGCGAACAAGGAGGACUACAUCAAGUACCACGAGAUCGCGCUCAAGCUGGUGAGGAUCGGGGGAGUGAUCGGGUACGACAACACCCUGUGGUUCGGUGCGGUUGCGCUCGCCGAAGACGACGAGAUGGCGGAGCAUCCGAGGGCCGGGAGGGGCCAUCUCGGGGAGCUGAACAGCUUCUUGGCCAACGAUCCCCGGAUCGAUUGCUGCCUUCUUUCCAUCGGAGACGGCAUCACGCUCCGCAGGCGCCUCUCCUGAAAAUCAGAGUUUUUAUUUUGUAAUUGGCCGACCUUCGAUGGCGGGAGAAUAAAUCUAGACACUGUUUAAACAUUUUCUAUGUAGCUGUCAUUUUAACCCUUAAGGAGUUGUAACUUGUAACAUCGAUUGAAUGAUUGUGGGUGCGUUUUGGAAA